ACACCUUUGAUGAGUAUAGGAUCAAACCAGUGGAAGAGGUCAAAUACAUGAAAAAUGGGGGAGAAGAUGAUCAGAAAAUAGCAGCCAGGAACCAAGAAAACUUGGAAAAAAGUGCCAGUUCAAAUGUAAGACUUAAAUCCAAUAAAGAGGUCCCAGGAUUAGUACAUCAACCCAGAGCAAACAUGCACAUCUCUGAAAGCCAACAAGAAUUCUUCAGAAUGCUUGAUGAAAAAAUCGAAAAGGGUCGUGAUUACUGUUCAGAAGAGGAGGAUGUCACAUAGUGCCAAUUCUGCCCCUCGCUCCAGGAAUAUUACUACUGUGUAAAUAGAUUACAACCCAGUCGAGACCUUUUGGAAGUCUUCUAGAGCGAACAGCACUACAUAACAGAAGAAGAUCAUUUCCACAUUAUAUGCUCCAUUCAGUUACAGUGUUUCUUAAUGACCAGAUGAGGAAUAUUGCUAAGAACUCGUAAGGAACUGUUUUUGUUGCUGCUAGUUAAAACUUGUUGCAACUUCUCACUUUUUUCUGUGUCCAGAUAUGCAGCAAAUCCUUAAAGUUAAUCCAAAAGACGUUGUUGAUUUUACCAAGGCUCCUGGCCUGUUUUCUAUGGGAUGAGGUAGUGUCAUACAAAGCUUCCAUAAGUGAACAUUCGAGCAUCUAAGACACACCCUUAAGCUGUCUGUCAGUCCGUGUUCAGGCCGGAGUGCUUAUUAAUGCUGGUGAUUUCAAGCUUUGGAGAUGGGAUGUUUUUUUGCCAUGGCAGGCCUUGUUUCUCUGCUGAGAAGAAGCUGGGAAACUAUUAUCCAUUAAAAGCAUGUUAUCACUGAAAUACUGGAAGUGAUGCAGGAGCAGGAAUUUGUAUUUUAAGAGGAAAAAGAGUUUCAUUUAAUAGGUAUCUUAAUCAAGGACUAAGCUUGCAGUAUUGGCUUUGCUGAGCACGAAUGGGAGUGUGAUCACAAUCAUUUUGAAUCUCUUUUUUUCUAAGAAAAUAAACAUUUUACUGUUUUUAUGUA